UAGAUACCUAAUGCCAUCCAACAACCCAGACAUUGUACCAUGAAAGACCAACUCUCAUUAUGCUUAUCUGGCCGAGUGUUGGCGACCAAGAGACAUUAACUGGGUCACUUAGAAGAGGAACAAACGACCAAAUGUCAUCCAAAAGGUAAGUACAUUUGUAAAUGCAAGGACGCUCAAAGACUCUCCAUGACUGACCACAGCAGUACAAGAACCAGGGUGCUGAGGCUGCUACGGAAUGUUCUCCUGAUCGCCAUAGUCCUCACGGCAUGCUGGAUGGCAAACAGAACACUCACCGAUUAUCAAAUGAGCCUUCGCCAUAACGCCAACUCCGCCGAAGGCUCUUCAGCACAAAGAAAUUCCAAUUUAUCACAAAUUGGUGUCUCCCUUAGUGUGGUACAUGAUGUCGUACUGUGGACGAGAAGAACAGGAGAAAUCCCAGUAUACCGGAUUCCUGUACUCACUUACACCCCAAGAGGACAUCUUGUAGCUAUAGUAGAGGGGAGAAAGGAAUCAUGGAGAGACUCAAGUUCAAAGGUCUUUUCCGUGAAAAGAUCAACGGAUGAAGGUGCAACCUGGUCCUCCUCCGAGCAGUGGAUAAUGGACGACGGAAAGCCACCGACAGAUGUAUACUCCAACUUGGGAACUGUUUUGGUUGAUGACACAAAAGCAAUUAUUUUCCUGAUGUACAUAUCCUUUGGAAUUCGCCCUAUGAGAUCACUGAUGUUGAUGAACAGUACGGAUGACGGCAUCACGUGGGGCAGGCCGAGAAAUAUUACCGACCAAGUAGGGAAACGCUACGUUACACAUCCAAGUCCCGGACACGGCAUUCAGAAAAAGCACGACCCAGCCAAAGGACGGCUGAUUGUGUGCGGGCACGGUUUCCAUGACGGUAAAGGUUUGGUGCUGCUGCUGAGUGAUGACCACGGUGUGACGUGGAGACAUGGGGCCUUCGUGCCGAGUGUACCGUACCAAAACAACUUAGACGGAGACUUUAAUCCAGCUGAAUGCCAGCCGGUGGAACUACCAGAUGGAAGCUUGUAUCUAGUUGUGCGCAAUCAGCAUCAGUACAAGUACCACUGUAAGAUGACCAUGCGGAGCUUCGAUGGAGGAGAAACGCUGCCAGAGAGGUUCAUUUUCCUGGACAGGUCUCUCGUGGAGCCGAGGAUCUCGUCUGGAUGGUGGUACCACAACGGAACCAUGUUCUACUCCGGACCGAAGAGUGAAACAGGACGACGGAGAAUGUACAUCAGAUGGAGUCACGACUGUGGCCGUAAUUGGACCUCAGGGGCAGAGAUAUGGGGGAACUUGGCAGGAUACUCCACACUCACUAUGCUUCCGCAUGAUAGAAAUCACCUCUAUAUACUGUAUGAAAGAGGAAUAACAAAGUAUUUUGAUCAAGUCACGUUUACAAAAAUCAAAAUAUCCAUGGAGAAGUGUCGUAAUGCCGAAUGAAUUACAACGCGGAUACUCCCCGUAGUAGUUAGAUUCAAAAUGUAAUUCGAAAACAGAAUUUAGCGGGAACACAGAUGACGUCAUCCAACACAACCAGUUCAUCGGUCUACAACAGUGACAGAUUGGGGAACUCGUCCUACAAGUUUGUUUGUUUAUGUUGGAUUGGAGGUUAAAGGUCAUCAACAUUAUGUCCCCAUGAUGGGAGAAUUAGUGGGCUACACACAUGUAAACACUGUUGCACACGU